CACAAUCAAUCCUUGUGAUGCGAAGCACGCACAUCCUCCUGGCGCUGGCGUUGGCGGCGGUCACAGCGGCCCAGACGCCGACGACGACGUCCGCGCCGAUCACUGCCGCAUGUAACGAUACGCUGUCAAACUUGAACAAAGCCGUGGCGGCGGCAAAGGGUUUGAACUGCAAGAUCAACAACCCGGCUGCGUUUUGCACGACGGACGUGUGCAGCAACAUCCACCGCAUGGGAAAGAUCGCCGUGGAGAGUGGGUGUGGCAAACAAUCGCUGUCCGACGUCAAGUACACGUUCCCCAAGAUGUGCGACGCCGACGACAAGUGCAGCAAGCUCGUGACCCAGAUGACCACGAACCUUCAGAACUGCAUCGAAGACCCCCGGAAGGUCGGGACGUCGGCCAGCUGCCAGCCGUGCCGCACGCUCAACGACACGACGUUCCGGACGUCUCUCACGUCGAUCUGCGGGUACGAGCAAGCCGCGUUCGAUUUUGUGCUCACGGACGAAGGGCUGGUCAACUCGUUCGCUCAGUGCGAGUCACUGAAGACGGACAAGGUGGCCAAGGACAACGCCGCGGCGGCCGACACGGGCAGCAACUCGACGGUGUUUGUGAUCAUCGGGAUCGCGUGCGCGAUUCUCAUCAUCCUCGGGGCCGUGAUCUACAAGUUGAAGCUCAAGAACGACAUUGCCAAGCGCAACUUUGACUACAUCAACAACGACAGCCACACAAUCAACAACAAUGGCCAAGACUAUGGCCACAACGACAAGUACACGGGCCCUGAAGUCGGGCGCAUCGCGAACGACAUCCGGUUCGACGAAGAGCUCGCGCAGUUUCGCAUCCCUCAGAACGAGAUCCAAAACGUGAGCUUGCUCGUCAAGGGCGGGUACGGCGUCGUGUUUCACGCGACGUUUGGCAGAGAUGACGUUGCGAUGAAGCAGUUGUUGCCGUCGAAGUCCAAGGACUUCGACGCGAUCCAAGAGUUUAUGAACGAGAUCCGGCUCUGCGCGCGCCUUGAGCAUCCCAAGAUCGUCAAGUUUAUAGGCAUCGCGUGGUCGACGCUGCACGACUUGGCCGUGCUGAGCGAGUUUAUGCCUCGGGGUGACGUCAGUUCGUUGUUGAAGAAGGAGGGCAAGAAGCACGAGUCGCAUCGGGUGUUGCACUGGCACACAUCACCCUCGUCAUCGAUUACCAAGACGCAAAUCGCCGCCGAUGUCGCAGAUGCAUUGGUGUACCUACAUUCGUUCCAACCGACCAUCAUUCACCGCGACCUCAAGUCGAAAAACGUGCUGUUGAGUGACACGUGGGAAGCCAAGCUGAGCGACUUUGGCAUUAGUCGCGUGACCAGUUUAGACGACACCAUGACAAGCAACGUCGGCACCGUGGCGUGGAUCGCUCCCGAAGUCCUCACGGGCGGCCGAUACACGGAGAAGGCCGACAUCUACUCGUUCGGAGUCCUCCUCAGCGAACUCGACACGACCGAUGCGCCGUACGCGAACCUCAUGAACAAGUCCAAGGACGCCGCCUUCUCGAACGCCCGCAUCGCGCUCAUGGUGUCCGAAGGUACCCUCAAGCCAGACUUCACCAACCGCAUGCCUGAAGGCCUGCUCACGUUGGCCUUGGAAUGCCUCGCCUUUGACGAAGCCGACCGCCCCACCGCCAUGGCCCUCUCAUACAAGAUCCACACCAUCGCCAAGUCCCUCUAAGCUAAUACUACUACUACUACUACUACUGUACGACGAUACCUUUAAAUAUAUUAAUAGUACUAUGCCACAAUGUGAUCCA